AUGGCAGGAUAUUAUGAUAGUGAAAGUAAGUACGGAUUUAUUAAUUAUGCACUGGAGUUACUGGUUGUCCGAAAAUAUGGACAAGAAACAUGGAACGAAAUCAAGAAAAAGGCCGAAGUGGAUAUUGAAAAGCAUUUUCUACUACGAAUGAUUUAUGAUGACCAAGUUACCUUCGAUCUGGUUAAUGUCGCUUGUGAUGUUCUAGGCCUAUCACAAAAUGAAAUCUUGGAACAGUUUGGAGCAAUGUUUUUUAAAUUUUGUCAAGAAUCCAAUUAUGACAAAAUUUUACAGGUUUUAGGGGGUAGCUUAAAAGAUUUCUUGUGUAACCUUGAUGCUUUACACGAUCAUCUUGGAACUAUUUAUCCCGGAAUGAGAGCUCCAUCAUUCCGCUGUGUAGAACGAUCUUCUGAUGGUGCACUAGUGUUAUACUAUUACUCUUAUCGUAUUGGCCUGGAACAUAUCGUUAUUGGGAUAGUUAAAGCGGUUGCUAAAAAGCUGCACAACUGUCAAGUUGAUGUAGUCAUCGAGAAAACUCGAAACGAAACCGGAGAUCAUGUUGAAUUUGCAAUUCAUAUGAAGCCAACGGAAAUUUCAAAAUUGGAUAAGAGGAAAUCCAUAAUGUCUUUAAUUGGCACACCUAACGACCUUGAUGCUGCUGCCAUGUCCGAAGAUAUGUUGAUUGGUUCAAGCACCUUUUGUAAAGCUUUCCCUUUUCAUAUAAUGUUUGAUCGCGACUUAAAUAUCCAACAGGCAGGAACAUCAGUGGCUCGUGUCAUUCCUCAUAUGUUAAAUCAACAAUUUAAAUUUUCCCAUCUCUUUGACCUGGUUAGACCACAAAUGGAAUUUAAUUUCGAUAGUGUUCUGUCACAUAUUAAUACUGUCUUUGUGUUAAAAACUCACGAUGGAUUUUUAGAUGUUAGCCAGUUAAAAAGUAGUAGUGAAAUAUUUCGAGCAAAUAAUCAAUCCGUACUUCGACUUAAAGGUCAAAUGUUAUACAUUAAGGAGUCUGAUGUCAUGUUAUUCCUUUGCUCACCAAGCGUUGGCAAUUUAGAUGAUUUGCAAGGUCGUGGUUUAUAUCUUAGUGACAUUCCAAUUCAUGAUGCAACACGAGAUUUAAUUUUAUUAUCAGAGCAAUUCAAGGCUGAGUACGAGCUAACUCAAAAAUUAGAAGUUUUAACCGAUGAAUUGCAAAAUACGUAUCGCAAGUUGGAAGAAGAAAAACGUCGCACUGAUCAGCUACUCUAUUCCAUUUUACCGCCAUCUGUUGCUAAAGAGCUACGACAAGGUGGUACUGUCGAAGCCAAAAAGUUUGAUGCAGUUACUAUCCUAUUCAGUGGGAUAGUUGGAUUUCAGAAGAUUUGCCAAGAUUCAGAGCCCAUGGUUAUUGUUAAGUUAUUGAACGACAUUUAUACUGCCUUUGACGAUAAUAUACGUAACGAUGUAUACAAGGUAGAAACCGUCGGUGACAUGUAUAUGAUUGUCGGUGGUUUACCGAAACGUAGCAAUACCCAUGCUAAAAGCGUUGCUCUUAUGGCAUUAGACAUGAUACAACUUACUCAAAGGAUUAAAGUCAACGAUCAACCUGUUAAGAUUACUAUAGGAAUUCACUCGGGCGAAAUUGUUGCUGGCGUAGUUGGCAAAAAAUUACCUCGUUACUGCCUCUUUGGCAAUACUGUCAAUAUUACAAGUAGAACACAAACAACGGGCGCCGAAGGCAAAAUCAAUUUAACGGAAGUAACGCACAAAUUGUUGUUGCAACCGCAAUGUCAAGAUAGUAGCUUCUGUUUUACCCAAAGAGAAGAUUUGGUAAGAAUGAAAGGUCGAAAAGAGCCGAUGAAAUGCUACUUUCUAGAACGGCAUAAUAAAAAUAAAGCAGUCCAUUUAAUCAUGAGAAAUAGCUCAGCAAAUAGAAGUUUCCUUUUCAAACCGAGAGAAUCGGAAUCGUCGCCUCAAUUUACUCCUCCUUCACACGGUACACCACCGCUUACUCUUCCAAUGGAAUGCCCAUUCAAAACUGAAAAGCUAUUGCAAUCAGUGGUAAAUAAACUAAUAUAA